UCUAAAGCAAAUCACACAUUGAUCAUAAGCCAACAAAGAGCCGAACAAAAACUGACUGCCCCAGGGGUAUAAAACCGAACGGCUACACGCGGCGGCCGGUUAGUUAUAACGCGGACGCUGUCAUAAUCAAAAUGCUGAGAACAAUUCCGAUUUGGGCGCUGCUUCUAUGUAGCGUGGUCAUCGUGACGGAGGCGAAGCCGAUUUUCGUGAAGGUUUUUGCGCCGAUUGGUGGCUACUCCAGUGGCACGGUUAGUUCGACGGCAACGGUGGCGCCCGUCAACAACCAGCUGAUCUCCAACUUGAUUUCGCAGAAGAUACAAUUGCUGAACAGUUUUCUGCAGGCGAAGUCAUCCUUUGGUGGCUUUGGCAUCCGCAAGGAGAUCUCAUUCACAUCGGGCUCCACAACGACCACGGAGAGGCCGGUGACCGCGUCCACAUCAGAGGUAAACACAGAUUUUAUACCGGAUGUUAGUUCCAGCACUCAAUCUGUGUACACCACAACAACAGACGGUGAUCUUGAAACGCCGAAGCCUACAGUACAUCCCGUCAAGCCAAUUGCAACGUCAACGCCAGUGAUGCCCACGAAGAGCACCACCGAGUACCUCGUGGAGUCUUCGACGGGAUCUACCGAUGGCUACACCUAUCGCACGACCCCACGCCCCACGGCACCCACGCCCACACCCACACCCACUAGCGCUGGCUACACCUAUAAGACCCCCACGCCCAGCACCAUCUCCAGCACUGUUCCCUCCUACUACUUGCCCGCCUCUCGAUACUAAGUGUAUUGAUAUCUACCCAAAUGUACAUACUCGCAUGUGUGUAGAUAAAUAAGGUAUCUAAGUUAAGCGCAUCUAUCAACUGUCUAUCUAAUAAUUGAUUAUCAAUUCUAAUAGUUUCAUUAGAAUAUAUGUAUUUCAAAAUCUUUGUGAACAGAAUCAUGUUUUGCUCAGUGCGGAAGUGUUCAGACCUCACACUGCUCCUAUUGACUAUUGACAAUGGGUGGAUCUGUGGUUCGAUCAAUUAGCAUAAAAACCAGUUUUACUGAGAAGACGACAGCAGCACUAGAAGUAAAAAAAAAAAAAA